AUGGGGGAUUUCAAUAACAUCUUGAAGCCUGAGGAAAAAUUAGGGGGGAAGCCUGUAUUGCUCCAGGACUUCGAAGAAUUUCAAUGGAGUAUGGAAGAAUGUGGUUUACGGGAUCUAACCCAGAAAGGGAAGAUGUUCACAUGGUGCAACCAAAGAGUAGGAAUUGAAAGGAUAUACGCUAAGCUAGAUAGAGCAUUGGUCAAUGGUGAAUGGAUUCAUCAAUAUGCAAAGUCUAUAGCAACCGUAUUGAUAGAAGGAGUAUCGGAUCACUCACCACUUGAGGUCCAGUUCCAGGUACAAAUGCAGAAGAGGAGAACUGCUUUUAGAUUUUUCAACAUGUGGUGCCUAUCCACUGAUUUUCAGAGAACAGUGGAAAGGAGUUGGGCUGAAAAAGUGGAAGGCACUUGUAUGUAUCAAUUGUGCCAGAAGUUGAAAAGGUUAAAGCAUCUAUUGAAGCAGCUUAACAGAAUCCAAUUUGCAGACAUAGUGGAGAAAGCAAACAGAGAAGAGAUGCAACUGGAAGUUAUGCAACAAAAACUCAGCCUUGAUCCCGGUGAUGCUGAUUUUGCAUCUUUCUGGGAAGUUGAGGCUAAAAAUGAUGCCAGUUGGCAAUGGAAGCAGAUAUUGAAGGUUAGGGAUCAGAGGAAGCUUGGUGUUGUAGGAAGCAGGUGGUUGGCUUCAAGCAAUGGCAAGUACACUGUGAAAUCAGGGUAUGCUUGGUUUGCAGGGAAUGAGACGAAAUUCAGGGACUUGCAGAGCAUCUGGUCAAGAAUGAAUGUCCCAAAACACUCGUUCAUUGCUUGGCUUGCAUGGAAAAAGAGGCUGUGGACAAAAGAUAGGCUCACCUCAAUGCAUAUGGCCGUCAAUGAUCAACGCUGUUUACUAUGUAGGUUGCAGCCAGAAACUAUUGAACACCUAUUUUUUCAGUGCACAUUUGCAGCAGUAGUAUUGGAGAAGCUUGUCCAAUGGUUGGGAUGCAGGAAAAUAGCAGCCAGUGAAGCAAGGUGGAGAAUGCAAAUUCUGAAUAUGUGGAAAGGGCAGAAGAUCAACAGAAGGCUUCUUUGGGCAGUAAUAGCUGCUUGUACAUAUCACCUAUGGGAGGAGCGAAAUCGCAGGCUUUUCCAGCAACUGGAGAGAAGCCCCGAACAAAUCACGCUACUGAUCAAAGAUGAAAUGAGAGGCCGAUUCUUGUACUGUCACAAGAGGAAGAACAGACCAGCAGCAAAGAUCAAUCUUUGA